AUGGUAAAAAUGAUGCGAAUCCGGUCCAAAAUCGGGCAUUUCUUCUCGAGCAACAGCCAGCAAGUCUCAAGCUCCGCCCCGCCCCUCCGCGGCACCGCUCACGCCGGCUCCGCCCCUCCGCGGCGCCGCCCCCGUUGCCGUGGCGACCAGCGCUCCGGGCCUGCUCUCCUCCUCCGGCCGCCGCGGCCACUCCUCUUCCUCCACGAAGCCGGUAGUCGGAGGGGGCCCGUCCUCGGUCGGUCGGUCGGUCGGAGGCUGGCGCUUGGUGGGGUGCCCUGGCGGCUGGCAUGGAGGCGGCGGCGAGCCCCGGCCCUCCAGGCCCGGCCUCGCCAUGAAGCUCCGCCGCGCUAUGAGAGGAAUCAUUACCCGCAAAGCCAGAAGUUUGAAGCAGGUCACUACCAGUUGUGCACCAUGCAGUCCAACUCAAAUGCUCGGCAUGGGGUACCCAACAAUGGCCACAGUAACGGCUCCUCCUCCCAGGGUACUUAUGCCACGAGGUCACCAGGAGAAGAACCUUGCCAGCUCGGAGGGGAUGUCCACAUUCAAGUAGCCUCAGCUGUCGGGGAGCCCGAGGUGAAUGCUGGCUCUAGGCAACACCUGCGGUUUGGGACACAGAGUCGACCGCCCAGCCAGUCGCCCAGUGAAGUGAGAGGAGGUCAUCCUGGGGGUUCGGCUGGGGAAGAUCAAAGGGACAGUUCUCUCUCUGAGGUCAAAUACCUCCUUCAGUGGCUGCACAGGAGUGUCCCGUACAUCUUGAUUUUGUCCAUCAAAGUUCUGGUGCAACAUAUAAUCGGCAUUUCUCUGGGAAUUGGGCUGCUAACAACUUUUAUGUAUGCAAACAAAGCCAUUGUAAAUCAGGUUUUCCUAAGAGAAAGGUGCUCCAGGCUACACUGCACCUGGUUGUUGCUGUUCCUGACGGGAUCGUGUGCUCUCCUCUAUUACACUUUCUACUCUCAGUUACUUCAUUACAGCCUGGUCCUCUUAAGCCCUGCGAUGGAUUUUUUGAACUUCUGGGAGGUACUUUGGAUUGUGGGAAUCACAGACUUCGUUCUGAAGUUUCUCUUCAUGAGCUUCAAAUGCAUUGUUCUCCUGCUGCCUUGUUUCAUCAUGUCUUUUAAAUCCAAGGGUUACUGGUACAUGCUCUUAGAAGAACUCUGCCAGUGCUACUGUAAGAUUGUUCCUGCUCCAGUUUGGUUUCGGUAUUUUGUUGGCCUACAGGAAUCGGACGGCACGUUAGGGCGGAGCUUGGGAGUCCUGCUGGCUUUGCUGUAUCUUAUCCUAAAGCUUUUGAGUCUUUUUGGAUAUCUGAAAAACCUCAGAUGGGUCUUGCGGAUAUUUUAUACACGACCAAGCUAUGGAGUGACAGCCAGCAAGAGACAGCGUGCUGAAGCAGAUGACCUUUGCUCCAUUUGUCAAGCUGAGUUCCAGAAGCCGGUCGUCCUCCUCUGCCAGCAUAUAUUCUGUGAAGAAUGCAUCGCUCUGUGGCUUAACAGAGAGAAGACCUGUCCGCUCUGUCGAACGGUUCUUUCCAAUCACAUCAACAAGUGGUACGAUGGGGCAACCUCUGCACAAUUACAACUCUAUUAAACAAACUAAAAAAAAAAAGGUGACUGUGUGCUUCACAAUAUGGACUCGUUUGAAUGCCAGGCAUGAGGAUAUGACUGGAAGGAGAAGGAAUAAUGCCUUGAAUAUUGUCCCCAUGAUGACAGUAUUUGAAUUUGUUCAGAUACCAAGCACAAGUACUACUUAAGUUUCCAUACAGAAUUAGCCCUUUCAAUGCUGCUUCAGGGAAAUUCUUAAACUUCUGAGUAUCAGAUUUUUUUACAGCCAGUCUGCCACCAAAUCAGCAAUGGGAGACCUUUACUGCACCCAACGUAACAAUCUUUGUUAUGUUGGGUGUGCGCAAGCUUUAGAUUCUGAUCUAGAGAAUCCACCUUUUAGGAUUUGACAUGCAUUUGUCCUCUCGGAUGCUAUGUCCAUCGUAACUGGCCAUCACACGGUAAGAAUCAUGGAAUGACUUCUGCUUUCCAUUUCCAUAAAUCUCAAUUUCAAUUAUGCAAAUGUGGAUAAAUUUUCUCCUUUUGUAAGUCUGAAUUUUAAAGAACAAGGUUUGAUCUAUAUUUUGUCAUAAGCAGCUAGAUUUUUACUGAAGAGGAAAGCUGUAUUUUAGGGAUACUUUUAAAAAAUGUAGCAUAUAAUUGAUAAAAAUAAAUGCAGUUUGAAUCUGUC